UCUACCCUCUUCCUCCACAGCGCAACAUGUAUUCAACGUCAUAAACGCACGUUCUGAAACGGAGGAAUUUAACAUGACCGUUGUAGYAGACGGUAAUGAAUAUCUCCAUGUAUAUUUAAACAACAAAGAAGACGUGGUAACGCGCCCAGAAUGGGGAAAUUAUAUAGAUUGUCCUAUUUGCGUCAGAUUUGCAGAGAGGCAAAGAGCAGGUCUUAACAAUUCCAUUAAAGUACUCAGCCUUGAAACCCCAGAAGCUAAAGUUCCUCCUGAGAUCAAAUUGUAUGCCAAGGAAGAAGUGAACCUGGGAAUAAACAACUCUCUCRUCUGCUUCGUCAAYMAUUUCUUUCCUCCGCCKGUCCAAGUCAAAUGGACCAAGAAUGAUGAGAACGUCCCCAAGGGGGUUAAAGCGGGUCAAUAUGCAACCAACAGUGAUUACACUUUCUACCAUUUCUCCACUCUGACCUUUGAACCACAAGAGGGAGACAUCUACACCUGUAUUGUGGAUCACACGGCCCUAGAUGAACCUCUAACCAGGACAUGGGAGUUCGAGGUGCCCCCCCCGUCCCAGUGUUGGUCCUGCUGUUUUCUGUGGACUGGGUCUGACUCUGGGGCUGCUGGGAGUCGCUACCGGAACAUUCUUCCUCGUCAAAGGAACCCAAUGUCAAUGAUGAUACCCAGUAUACUCUCUAUGUCUCUGGGUGAUAAUACACAGUAUAAUCUCCUAUAUGUCUCUGGGUGAUAAUACACAGCAUAAUUUCCUAUAUGUCUCUGGGUGAUAAUACACAGCAUAAUUUCCUAUAUGUCUCUGUCGCUGGGUGAUAAUACACAGUAUAAUCUCCUAUACAUCUCUGGGUGAUAAUACACAGCAUAAUUUCCUAUAUGUCUCUGGGUGAUAAUAUACAGUAUAAUCUCCUAUAUGUCUCUGGGUGAUAAUAAACAGUAUAAUCUC